AUGCACUCUUCGAUCUUUGCCCUUGCAACCUCCGUCUCGGUAGCAGCAGCUAUCAACCGCGGAUUCAACUAUGGUGCCGUGACAUGGGAGGGAGUAGCGAAGGACGAGGCAGCUUUUACGGCGGAAUUUUCGGCUGCGAAGGCCCUCCCUGACACAGAUGGAGCCUUCUCCAGCGCCAGACUCUACACGAUGGUUCAGUCCGGCACCACAAAGGACGUGAUCUCUGCCAUUCCCGCAGCCAUUGCCACUGACACCCGACUCUUCCUUGGAUUGUGGGCUUCAACCGGACAGGCCACCAUCGACAACGAGAUUGCAGCUCUCCAAGCUGCUAUCACCCAGUAUGGCGACGAAUUCACCAGCCGCAUCAACGGCAUCUCGGUCGGAUCUGAGGACAUGUACCGGAUCUCCCGAACCGGCCUCCAGAACGACCCCAACGGAGUCGGAGCCUCGCCAUCGGAAGUCGCCAGCUACAUCAGACAGGUCAAGCAAGCGAUUGCCGCGGCCGGUCUCAACGUGCCCGUCGGACACGUCGACACCUGGGAGGUCUGGCAAAACGGAUCUAACGCCGAGGUGAUCGCCGAGAGCGACUUCUUGGGAAUGAACACCUUCCCCUACUUCCAGUUCACCCUGGAGAACAACAUCGAGAACGGACCCCGGCUGUUCAACGAGGCCUUCGACGUCGUCAAGGCCUCCUCCGGUGGAAAGCCUGUGAUCGUCACCGAGACUGGCUGGCCCGUGGCCGGAAACCCCGGCAACCUCGCGCAGCCAUCCCCAGAGAAUGCACGCGCGUACUACGAGGCCGUCGGCUGCAACCAGCUCUUCGGUAACGUCGACACCUACUGGUACACUCUGGUGGACGCCAACAUGGACACGACCAACCAGCCCAAGUUCGGCGUCGUCGGCUCCACCCUCUCCGACACUCCGAUCUUCGAGCUGGGCUGCAGCAACAGCAACAGCAACAGCAGCAGCAUCUCCUCUGGCUCCUCGACGUCGUCGGCGCCUGGGUCUGCUGCUACUACCCCCACCAAGCCUGUUGGAUCUGGAUCUGGAUCUGGAUCGAGCGGCGCACAGCCCGUUGGGUCUGGAUCUGGAGCAGGAUCUGGAUCAAGCGGCACACAGCCAGCUGGAUCUGGAUCUGGAUCUGGAUACGGAACCGGAUCGAGCGGCGCAAAGCCCGUUGGAUCUGGAUCGAGCGACAGCCCGGCUGUGCACAUGCCCUACGCUCCUGGAACCAACCCCUCACCUGGCUUCUACGGUCCAUCCGGUAGCAACACGACGGUUCCCGUGCCGACUGGCACCGCUGCCCCUGUCCCUGCUGGCCCCACCCCAAGCAGCCUCACCCAAUCCGGGGCAACCCAAAUGAGAGCCGGCGCCGCCCUCGCCCUCCUCGGCGCCGUCGCCGCUUUCAUCCUGGCUUAG